AUGCAGGCGAUUUUGAGAGUACCCGUCGCUGUGUUUUCCCUGCUGCUGGAAGUGUGUUUGUUCUGGUAUAGAAAACUCUGGGGAAGAUGGACGUCGAAAACUCCAAUCGACGAAUGGCUCAACGUGCUGCGCCAUGCCGAGGUGUACGAAGACUGGGACCAUGCGGCAUUGCAGUUAGAUAACCUCAAGGAGCUCAAUCUCUGGCGCAACAAUCCUGCCUCUCAUUACUACGACUGGAUGCUCAUCAGCGACCGUCUCGACUCCAUCGUAGAGGCUCGCGAUAACAAUGACCCGCAGUCUUUACUCGAUCUCCUUCGCUCCGGCUUAGUGCGCAACCUCGGCAACAUCACUUCUCCAAGGUUGUAUAACCGCGCUUUCGCUGGAACCAAAUAUCUGAUCGAAGAGUACAUUGCGCAAGUGGCCGGGGCCAUCGAGGACAUCAACCACCGGGUUGCUACGCCGCUACAUGACAUGUACACUCACUCGUAUACCCUCUCGACACAGCGGAAGCUUGACUUUCUACAUGACUCGAGACAGGCAUUCGGGCGAAGUACUCUUAUACUGCAGGGCGGCGCUAUGUUUGGGCUGUGCCAUCUAGGGGUAGUGAAGGCGCUAUUCUUGCGAGGUCUACUACCACGAAUUAUCACAGGAACGGCAACUGGAGCGCUCAUCGCGAGUAUAGUAGCUAUCCAUACAGAAGAUGAGCUGCCGGGCGUGUUGAGAGGUGAUGGAAUCAAUUUAUCCGCCUUUAAGAUUCACGGACAACAAGUGCAUGAUGAGCAUAGUUGGGCACUCUUCGCUGGAACUAACUGGGCCACGUUGCUACGCAGAAUCGUGAGGUUUUGGCGUGAAGGCUACUUUCUCGACGUGAAGGUUCUAGAAGAGUGUGUGAAGGCCAACGUGGGCAACCUAACGUUCGAGGAGGCAUACAACAGGAGCAAGCGUGUCUUGAAUAUCACAGUGGCUUCGAAGGGGAACCCUGCAUUGCUGAAUUACAUCACCGCCCCUAAUGUGCUAAUCUGGACUGCGGCCCUAGCCUCCAACGCCUCCAGUCCCUCGUUCUAUGGAACGACACAGACAACUAUACUCUGCAAAGAUGUAACGGGCCAGAUCGUGCCUUGGACAUCCGCCGAUUCUUUCGAUGUGCAUACACACGCGUCAGAUCAAAAUCACAAGUCACCCUUAUCACGCAUUGCGCAGCUCUUCAACGUGAACCACUUCAUCGUAAGCCAAGCCCGUCCCUAUCUAAUCCCAUUCCUGGAAUCCGAUAUGCACGGGCCCUCCCUCUUUACGGCCCGCUAUAAGAGGGCUCAAAUGACGGGUCACCUAUUCCGCGUCGUCGGGCUAGAACUGCGACACCGCCUACGCCAACUUGACACCUUGGGCCUCUUACCCGUCACCGUUCGCCGAUUCCUAGUAGAUGAAGAGGUUCCGACUGGCGUUGGUGCUAGCGUAACACUCGUCCCCGAGGUCACGGCGCGCGACUUCGCGAGGCUUCUCGAAACUCCUACGAAAGAGACGCUCGACUACUGGAUUCUACGUGGUGAGCGCAGUGUCUGGCCUGCCGUGGGAGCCCUUACGGUGCGUUGCGCCGUGGAGUACGAGAUUGAGCGCGCGUAUCAACACGCCCGCAGUCUCAAAGCCGGGGGGUUACGGCGGAAGUCUAGCGCUGAUGGAGGAGCGGCGGUAUUUCAUCCGGGCCAAGCCGCAACAGGGCCAUCACAGAAUAGCAGGCCUUCCGCACAGAGCACCAUCACAAAUUAG